GCCAUAGUCUCUUCCAUUCUCUGUGUCCUACCGCAAGCUUCGAUCCACAAACUCUCUUCUUUCUUUCAUUAUUCCAAUUUCUAAGAUCCCAGAUUCCCCUUCUUUCUCUUCCUUAUUAUUAACUACGACAACCUUAAAUCUGUUUUGUUUUUUUUCCAUUUCCACUUAGAGAGAGAGAGACAGAGGGAAACAAAAGACACAAUGGUGGUGAAAAUGAUGAGGUGGCGCCCUUGGCCACCUCUCCUCUCCAAGAAGUACCAGCUGAGGUUGGUCGUUAGGACCCUUAAGGGCUGCGAUCUGCUGCGGGACGCUCUACACCAAGGUUCAAGAUUAGUGCUUCAGAUUCGUUGGAACUGCAAGGCUCCUAAGUUGACCCUUCGCUCUUUGCGACGCAACCCCGUCGUUACGAAUUUCACCAAGGAGGCUGACGUCGUCGUCGACCACGGUGGCGCCGCCUUCGUUCACUGGGACGAGGAGUUUCACACCGUCUGUAAUCUCAACGCUUACAAGGACAAUGCCUUUCACCCUUGGGAGAUCGCUUUCACUCUCUUUAAUGGUUUGAAUCAAGGGCCCAAAAGCAAGGUUCCUGCUAUUGGAACGGCAGCAUUGAAUAUCGCUGAAUUUGCAUCUUCAACUGAUCAAAAAGAUUUUGAAUUGAACAUUCCACUUACGCAGCCUGGGGGUUCUGGAGAGUUUUCUCCUAUACUUUGUAUAUCAAUUAGCUUGGUGGAGCUAAGAGUCACUCAAGAAAGCAUGGAACAAGUUCAGAGGUCCAUAGUGCCUAUGCCAUCGCCCUCAGUCAAAUCAGGAGAAACAACCUCUGUAGAAAAAGAUGAGCUAUCUGCAAUUAAAGCUGGUCUUCGGAAAGUAAAGAUUUUCACUGACUAUGUAUCAUCCAAGAAAGCAAAGAAGGCAUGCCGUGAGGAAGAAGGAAGUGAAGGUAGGUGCUCCAGGAGUGAGGAUGGUGAAUACAAUUACCCUCUGGACACUGACUCGCUUGAUGAUUCUGAGGAAGGAGAUUCAGAUGAGGGAAAGGAGGAUUCCAGUGUUAGGAAGUCGUUCAGUUAUGGAACGCUAGCCUACGCAAAUGCUGGAGGGUAUUUUCAUUCCAACAUGAGGGUAAAUUGUGAGGAUGAAGACUGGGUUUACUACAGCCAUCGCAAGUCAGAUGUUGGAUGUUCGCACAUGGAGGAUUCUACUGCUUCUUCUUCCGAGCCUUAUUUAUUACAAAGUUCAAAGCGCAGCUUACUACCAUGGAGGAAGAGGAAGUUGAACUUUAGAUCUCCUAAAUCUAACAAGGGAGAGCCGUUGUUAAAGAAGGCCUAUGCAGAAGACGGCGGUGAUGACAUAGAUUUUGAUCGCCGCCAACUUAGCUCUGAUGAAUCUCUUUCUUUGAGGUUGUACAAGACUGAGGAUGAAUUGUCAGCAAAUCGAACAUCAGUCUCUGAAUUUGGGGAGGACAGUUUUGCUGUGGGGAGUUGGGAACAGAAAGAAGUCAUGAGUCGUGAUGGUCACAUGAAGCUUCGGACACAAGUCUUCUUUGCCUCAAUUGAUCAACGGAGUGAACGUGCAGCAGGUGAGAGUGCAUGUACAGCUCUUGUUGCUGUAAUUGCUGACUGGUUCCAAAACAAUCGUGAUCUUAUGCCCAUAAAGUCGCAGUUUGAUAGUCUAAUUAGAGAAGGCUCCUCAGAAUGGAGGAACCUGUGUGACAAUGAAACCUAUAGGGAGCGGUUCCCUGACAAGCAUUUUGAUCUGGAAACAGUAAUUCAGGCCAAAAUACGCCCACUUUCUGUGGUUCCCGAGAAGUCCUUCAUUGGUUUUUUUCAUCCAGAAGGGAUGGAUGAGGGGAGAUUCGACUUUCUGCGAGGUGCCAUGUCCUUUGAUAAUAUUUGGGAUGAGAUUAGUUGUUGUGCUGAACAAGAGUGCCCUAGCAAUGGUGAACCCCACGUUUAUAUUGUUAGUUGGAAUGACCAUUUUUUCGUACUCAAAGUUGAAUCUGAUUGUUACUACAUCAUUGACACUUUGGGGGAGAGGCUUUAUGAAGGAUGCAAUCAGGCAUAUAUCUUGAAAUUUGACAGCAACACAGUAAUAUACAAAAUGCAGAAUGUUGCUAAUUCAUCAGAUGAUAAAACACCCAGUGAUCAGCAAACUGUGGCAGAAGUUUUAGAGCCUAAUACUACUGGGCAAACCCAACAAGUAAACGGUAAGGAGGUGGAUUCUGUUGCAGGGCAAGAAGAACAGUUCAAGAGUGAGCAAGAAGAGGUUAUAUGCAGAGGGAAGGAAGCAUGCAAAGAAUAUAUUAAAAACUUCCUAGCUGCAAUUCCUAUCAGAGAAUUGGAAGCUGAUGCCAAGAAAGGUCUCAUAUCUUCAACACCCCUUUAUCAUAGACUACUACAAAUUGAGUUUCACUACACCCAACUGUUGCAGUCUUGGUUUGCAACUCCAGUGGUUGAAGCUUCAAUGGCUGCACCUGACAUAUUUGAUAUUGCAAUAACCGAGGCAUCUACAUAAAUCGUACUGUAAAUUGGAGAAAGUGCGUUUAUGCUAGCUAACCAGUCUUACUACAUUAAUUAUUGGUGUCUUUUUUUAUUUAUUUUAACAAAUGGAGGCUUGUUUAAUGACUGAGCUGAGCUUUUAUUUGCGAAGUUUGGCGUGACACUUGCCUUGUUUUACCUGUAAUCUUUCUUGGGAAGGGUAUUCUGUAAAUGGCUCUGAAAUUUCCUUUUCAAGUGAGCGCAGACUUUUGGCAUCUGACACGUAGUUCUGAACAGAUUCUACUCGUAAAUGCCUCAUAACUUUUUGCAGGCUCCUUAGGCACAUGUUACGUCUAUUUUAUUCUCUGAUUCCGAGGUUAUAAUUAUACACUAUUAUUAUUGUGGCUUUCUU